AUGUACGUCCCGUCCGACGUAAAGGUAGGUGCUCCUCUGCGUUUUGUGCCCAUCAUUCUUUCUGACAGCCAAUGGGCAUUCCAGCGCUCUGUCGGGAUCCCUCUUCUCCCAAGCACACCCAACGUGUCUCUCGAUGCUGCCGGCUUAGUCGCCUUAGCCGAUCUCACCACGAUUCAAGAGCGAACGGUCCUAACUGGGACAGCUACCUUCCUAGACGCGUUCAUCAUAUGUCCUGGGAUACACAUGCAGCAAAAGUCGACAAACCUCAAUGGCGGAGAGCAUCCUGUCUGUGCCAACAUGAACACAGGAGACGUCUUUCGAAUCGAGAACCCUGCCACAGUCUUUUAUCUGCAGCAAGUCAGCAAAACCGGUCAUCUUACGAAUUUGGCAGUGUCAGAACUUGGGGAAGAUUGGUGGUCCAAUGUCUUCUCUAUGUUCUUCACAGCCCAAAAUGCAUCGGUUGCUUCUACCCUGGCUUACGGGACAGCGGUUCUAUGGACCAUCUCCGUUGUCAUCCUCCUAGCUUGUUCAUACGAUUGGUGGGGCCUGAUUAUCGUCCUUGUGCUCAUGGCUGCACGUCUUUGCAACGUCAUUGUCGUUCGCCGAAGGGCUACUCCAGGUUGGUCUGGGGCAAAAGAGGGAUUUGUGACGGGCGACCUUCUUGUCUUGCUCAGUCAGGAUCGUUGGGUGAGGAUCCAAGGCAAAGUUGAUCAUCUGAAAGCUGUUACGUCCGGUCAGUGGCUACGAGAUCAGAGAGAUGUCGAAGGUUGGAUGACGGCUCUGGCAACAUUGGCCGUCUAUCUCGCCGCAGCCUUGGUCAGUAACGCGACGCAGUUUGGCAAGAUCUUGAUCCUGGUUCAUCUUGGAGGCUCGGCUGGAUUAUUGGCUGUUGCAAAUUCGACCACCAAGAAUAUCCUGGUGAUGCACGGUCAUAGCCUCGCAGUUCAGGGGAGCAGGUCCAAGUAUCAAAGACGUAAGGAGCUGAUUCUCGAGUUGAUCAAGGAAACCGGCCGUUACGAUUGGGCGCUAUCGAUGGACGUGAUCAAGGAGGAGGAUAUCCGGAAGCUCUCGGCAGAGCAACCGAAAAUGGACCACCAUGAAUUUGCCCAACAUUCACUCUCUUUCGCUAUCCGUAUCGCAAAUGGUUGCGCCGCUAUCGAACGAUUCUCAAAAUUCCUGGCUCGGCCAACGUGCAUUACCGACGAAGAAUAUGAACUAGGUACCAUAGCACUCAGCAGCAGCCAAUCUUCAACAGCUUUACCUUUCCCCAACUCAAUCCUUCGAUUCCCCAAGAUGGUCCGUGUCUUCAUUACAGGCUCAAGCGACGGAAUUGGCCAAGCAGUCGCCAAGCUGUUAGCCGAGCAGGGCCACCAAGUCACGCUUCACGCUCGGAAUGCAGACCGGGCUGCCUCUACUCAAGCCGCCAUACCAAAAGCAAAGGCAGUUCUCAUCGGCGAUCUUUCAUCCAUCGCAGAGACCAAAAAGCUCGCCCAAGAGGCCAAUGCCGCGGGGCCGUUUGACACCAUCAUCCACAAUGCAGGCAUCGGCUACGGUGCUACAUCGUCCCGGCAGAUUACCCCUGACAAAAUCUCGGCAGUCUUUGCAGUCAACACGCUGGCGCCGUAUAUUUUGACUUGCCUCAUGGACAAGCCUACGUCGAGACUGCUCUUUAUGAGUUCGGACAGUCACUACAGCGGUGACGAGACUCUGCGAAACGCCACGCAAUCUCACUCGUAUGGUGACAGCAAGCUCCAUGAUGUCAUGCUCGCCAAGGCCUUUGCCCGACGCUGGGAGGACAUUCAGGUCCUGAGCAUGCACCCUGGAUGGGUGAGGACGAAAAUGGGCGGCAGGGCUGCGCCAGGGGGGACAGAUAAGCCGGCAGUGGCCCUAGCGGAGUGGGCGGCUGGCGAAGGUCCCUUGGCAAAGAUAAAGUCAGGUGCUUUCGUGUCGACGAGCAGGGAGUCUACGUCGCAUCCAGGGGCUGAUGUUGUGAGCAAACAAGAGGAGCUCCUCGACAUUUGCAAGCAAGUUUCUGGAGUCUCUGUUCCAGGGGAAUAA